CCAACUUCUUUUUCACGUUGUCCAACAAAUAUCUCGCAGGUUCUUCCUUGGCCCUCUCGGCUUGCUCCACUAAACCUCGUAUCUCUGCUGAGCAGAUAACACAUCCUGGCCCAUCCGCCAUUCGUUGCUCUCCAGCUGUUGUCAAGGGAUAAGACCACCACUCAUUGUUGGGAGUUCCGUCCACGGCGGGGUCUUUGACUGAGGCGUGAGCUUGCCGCGAUGUCGUCCCCGUUAUUUACCCAUCCCAUCCUCUCGCCGGAAAACCUCCAGACGAUCAGAGAACAACCCAGUCCGCUGCCUUCUCCGCUGAAACAGGAACAACAACAGCUACUACAGCCCAUCAUUGAGGCUACUGAUUCCGCAGAGCCCAGUUCGAAGUGUCCAUCCGCUACUGCAGACCUCACACACACUUCGCCUCCCAUUUCCAAUACCUUGCUUCAGGAUUAUUCCGAAAACAUCGAUCCUUUGCAAUCGAGCGAUCCGACCCUCUCUCGCUGCAAAAGUCAUGAGCAAAAUACCGGCGCACCGCCAUCUUCCACAACCACUCAUCUGGAAACACUGUCGCUUUCUCCCGGCUUUCCAUCCUCUCCGAUGGGCCCGACAAGAUCGUUCUUACAACAUCGCAAAAACGCGCGGUCAAUUGACUCUAUUCCGCGCCAAACAAUAUUGAAAGCUCUUGCCUCAAAAGGAAACGGUUCUCUCAGCUGCCAUAUACCCCCUCCGGCGUCAUUGGCUAGUCUGCUCGCUCUUACCAACUCUGAAACGGACAACAGCUCGUCGCGGAAACUCUCUGUUGCACUUCCAAGCUCGAACUUAAGCAACGAGAGAACACCAUCCACCGCACGUUUCCCUUUAACAUCUCCUUGCUUUUAUCAUCAGCGAUUCGAUGAUGCCGUCAACAUCGAUAAAGUCCUUGAGGAGAUCGCUGCAGACGAGUGGAUGUCGCAUUCUAGGUUGAUGCAAACCGCGACCGGUGUCCGAGAGGUGUCGAAACAAUUGCAACGGCGCCCUAUCAAACUGGCAGUCAAGAAUGUCAUGAUUGUUACGAAGGCGCGGGAUAACCGCCUAGUGUACCUCACGCGGGAGCUGUCAGAAUGGUUACUGAGCACUCCGCGAUACGGUAGUGACUUAGGUGUAAACGUCUAUGUCGACCACAAGUUACAGCACUCGAAACGCUUUGACGCUCCUGGCCUGCUAGCGAAAGAGCCCCGGUUUGAGCACAUGCUGAAGUACUGGACACCCGACCUUUGCUGGUCGUCGCCGGAAACAUUCGAUCUGGUCCUUACUCUGGGCGGGGACGGGACUGUCCUAUAUACCUCUUGGCUUUUCCAACGCGUUGUACCACCUGUGCUAUCUUUUGCGCUCGGGAGCUUGGGAUUCUUGACGAAUUUUGAGUUCGAAAAGUACAAAGAACACCUCAAUCAAAUCAUGGGCGACGUGGGCAUGCGUGUAAAUCUGCGGAUGAGAUUUACAUGCACCGUCUACCGUGCGGAUCGAAGACCUGGACAUCUGCCUGGAGCAGUUGUGGAAGGCGAGCAGUUCGAAGUUGUAAAUGAACUGGUCAUUGAUCGUGGGCCUUCACCUUAUGUCUCAAACUUAGAGCUAUAUGGUGACAACGAGCUGUUAACAGUGGUCCAGGCAGAUGGCUGUAUAUUCUCUACUCCCACAGGUAAAGUUACCUCUUUAACAUCUAAUUCCACCUCUACUAUAACAGAAAAUUUAAUUUUACUAUCCACAGGUUCUACCGCGUAUUCUCUCUCGGCGGGGGGCUCUCUUGUCCACCCUUCAAUUCCUGGAAUCCUUCUUACCCCCAUUUGUCCACAUACCCUUUCUUUCCGCCCCAUGGUCCUCUCAGAUGCCCUACUAUUACGCAUUGCUGUUCCUAACGCGUCUCGAUCUACUGCAUACUGCUCUUUCGAUGGGAAAGGUCGUAUCGAGCUUCGUCAAGGUGACUACGUCACAGUGGAAGCAAGUCAGUACCCAUUUCCCACUGUAGUGGCCGGCUCAGGGGAAUGGUUUGAGAGCGUCCGCCGUGCACUGCGCUGGAAUGUUCGUGGUGCGGUCCAAAAGGCAUGGAACGAUCCUACCGAUGGGGACCUCAACACUGCUGGCGACGAAGAUGAGGAAGAGCAAUGGGAUAUCGACCCAGACUCCGACACACCGUUCGGGGCGGGGACUGAUAGCGGGCUGGGCCCAAGUGAGGAUGGAGAAAGCCCUGGUUCAAGCAGUCCACUUCGGAGGAAAUUGAGUUUGCUUAACAUGUAGAUCUAGAUAUCUUUCGUCCUUUGUUUUCCCUCCGUUUUGCCAUGCACAUAUAUUUUCACAGUCCGCGUUUCACUUUUCACUUUUCAUUUUCUUCAUAUAAUGUCUGUCAUGCCUGUUAUCCUGUACAUACAUAUAUACAUCAUCCGUUUGGCGCACAUCUUAUUCUUUUCAUAUUGUUUUUAUAUUUUAGUAUUCUAUAUUAGAGUGACUUGGAAUUGGAUUA